AUGGCUUGGCGGGUCCUGGUUGUGGGCAACGGAGGCUAUGAUCCAACAUUGGGCCUGGAUCCGGUUCCCGACGCUGUGCACAAUGCUGAAAGAUUCCUGGAGAUGCUGCGAACAUCGGGCCUCUCUGUCGAGCCGCAACUGCUGCGGGAUGCGACGCAGCAGAUGCUCCACGAAGCUCUGGAGUGGUUUGUCCACCCGGGAGAAAGUCAGCGCUGCCUGCUGUACUACUGCGGCCAUGGUUUCAAUCCGUUCGGCAAGUUUCUAGUGGCCCCGGUCGACGCCAGGAAGUGGGAGGAUUGCCUGGAGUUGCCUGACACGCUGCUUCAGAAGGCUGAGGUGGUCGACAAGCCCCUAGUGGUUUGCGCCUUCUUUGCUUGCGGCCAGGACGCCUCCCACCCAAGUUGGGGCGAGCCAUCACCACCUGCGAGUUGGCAUGCGCUCGGCACCAACAGCGAGAGACACCAGUUCGUCUUCUCUUUCGCCACUGCUCCCAACAGACCGCCCGCCGCGAGCAGCGUCUACACGGACAAACUCACUGCCCUUCUCGCCGAGAAGCCGUUGUGGCUCCACGAAGUCUUGCAAAAGCUGUCUCGUGAGGUGCAGUCGGCCUCUGCCGGCGUGGAGCUGCCCUGGAGCUGUGACAAUCUGAAGGAGGCUGUGCCGCUCUUUUCCAAGCAGAUCGAAGAAGGCAAAGACCACCGGAAGGCACUUCUCUGUGCUGCAGAGGGCGGUGCGCUGGAGGAAGCCACGGCACUGAUCGCUGCAGGUACGGAUCUCAACGCCAAGGAUGGGAGAGGCGUCUCUGCCUUGUGUACAGCGGCUGCCCACGGCCACCGACAAGUGGUGUGGCGCUUGGUGGAUGCUGGUGCUGACAAAGAUCAGGCGGACGACUCUGGGAACACUCCAUUGUCCUUAGCCGUUCAGCAUGGCUACUGCGAGAUCGUCCGAUUCCUCAUCGAUGUCACUUCUGAUGUGAAUAGGUCCGAUGUGAACGAGCGCAGCCCUCUGACGUUUGCUGCUCAGCAGGGGAACUUCGCUGUGGCAAAGUACUUAGUGGAGGCAGGGGCAGACAAAGACCUGCGCGACCGGGAAGGAUGUACUGCAUUGUGCUAUGCGGCACUGCACGGUCAGAGGCAAGUCGUUUGGUAUCUGAUCGAUGCUGGCGCAGACAAGGCGUCCAGGGACAACAAUGGCCAAAGCGCUCUUCACCUGGCAGCCGGUCGAGGGCACUUUGAGGUCGUUCGCUUUCUGGUGGACGUCAUGGCAGAUAUCCACCAGGCCGACAGUGUGGGUCGCAGGCCGCUCCACCUGGCGUCUGAGGGUGGCAUGCUGCAGGUCGUGCGGCUUCUUGUUGGUGCAAAUGCCGAGCUCGAGGCGCGCGACGUGAAGGGGCAGACCGCCCUUAUCGUUGCGGCGGGCCGAGGACACUUUUCCGUCAUUUGCUUCCUGAUCGAUGCUGGUGCAGACAGGAACACAGUGGAUGCCGACAAGCGGAGUCCUUUGUGGCAUGCCGUGGACAAUGGCCACCUUGCAACGACCAGAUUCUUGACGGAUGUCGGUGCUGAGGUGAAUGCUGCGGACGUCAUGGGGGAGGCUCCAUUUGGCUGCGCUUCCCGCCACGGCGAUACACAGCUGAUCCAAUGCCUGCUCGAGGCUGGCGCUCGGCGUGGCGCGGCAUAA